CCGAAAGGUUUCUCCAGGGUCGCAUAGCAAGCGUUAUCAAACCGCAUUAACUUUGCAGUGCAGACGCCCCCUGAUUUGUAGAGCGUCUUCAUCCAUCCUCUGCCCUUCCCACUUCCUCGACUGCCCUGCAAUACUGUUCGAAACUGCAUGAUAGGGCCCAUGUGGACUUAAACCAUAAAAAAUCCAGAUCAUCUGUUUUGAUAAUCUGGAUUAUAUGGCAGUGUAGAAGGGACAGUUCCAUGGUCAGAUUUAAGGUGCGAGGCCAGUGCAGUGUCUCCUGUCUCCCUGCAGGGGGCAGUUGAUGGCCCAGGCCAUUCUGCAUGUAAACUUUUGGGCAUUUGGGGGAGUCUCUUCUGCAGCUAGAAGCAGAAAGCAGCCCAAGAGAAGAGCCAGGCAGUGGCUUUUUUGCAGUGGAUCCAGCCCAAGAGAGGCGAGCAAAGGCAUUGAGCAGGAGCAGAUACUCCAACCUCCGUUGACGAUGGCGCAAAGGAGUAAGAAAGUGCCUUCCAAAACCCGCAAGUCUACGCCGGAAACCCCAGUGUUGGCGGGGCCCCAUAUGGACUCGCUGGGCUUUGUGGCCAUGGAGAAGAACGUCCCCGGCUUGUCCCACGUCAUCCUCCAGAAGCUCAACAUGAAGAGCUACGAGGACUACAGAACUGCCAUGGAGAGCCAGAGACUGAGCGCAGAUUUCGGCAUCCGAUCCUAUUUCGAAAUGUUCCAGAAAAUGGAAGACACCUUCAAGUUCUGUGUUGAGUGCAAGAAACUCCCCGAAUCUCUUCCUGACCCCAAAAGCCUGCGACGGUGCAAAAGGUGCCAGAACGUCUAUUACUGUGGUUCCGAGUGCCAGCGGUCCAAUUGGCCCGUCCAUAAGAAAGUCUGCAAGAAGCUGAAGCUGGCGGCCCUGGACCGGCUGAUGGAAUGGCUCGUAUUUACAGGCGACAUCCCAUUUCCCACGUCCGCAUGGACACAACAUAUCCAGGACGUGCAAGGCUGGCCGGACUGGUUCCUCAUGCAGGGAAGCCUGGAGGAAAAACUCCGUCCGAUCCUCGCCGGGCGUCACAUGAACAUCCUGUGGGCCAACGCGGGGAAGCCGAAGCCCGACGACACGGAGCUGGCGGAGUCGGUCAAGAGAGUGACCACAGACUUUGUGUCCCGGCCGGCCAGCAUUGGCCUGGCGCUGCACGCGUUCGGUCUCGAUCCUUACGCCAAGCCCAUCACGGUGCACGUGGUCGGGGCUUCCCACGUCGAGACCCUCAACGCUCGCGUGACAGAUUACGACGAACUCUCCCACCUGUUCCCGGCACACCAAGGCAUGGAGGUGGUGAUGGUGGGGGUGGACGUUGUGGACGGGCCCAUCAUGAGGCCUCCGCUGGCAGCCUUUGGGCCCCGCGGAAGGGUCUAUCUCAGCAGCUACAAGGGGCUGUACCACGAUUUUUGGGAAUCGCAAGUGGAGACUCAGCAGGCGGCUCGCCCGGACCUUGUGGUGGGCUUCCAUCCAGGGUUCCACUCCUGCCAUGACCUGAUGGAGAGCUGGCUGCCCACUUUGCUGCUUCUCCGGGACUACAACAUCCCCACGCUCUUCACUAUGUACAGUGAGCAGGAGAUGAAGAACUCGCUCAAGAUCCUGCUGGAGCUGGAAGCCCGGGUCACAGGCUGCGGCGCCAACCCCUUCGCCUCGCUCAAGCCCGAGCAAGCCUAUUCCAACCCAAACAAGCCCCCCGUCUACAGCAACUCCCAUCAUAUUAUGUUCUACGGAAUCUCCGUCCCUUUGGACGAACCGGAGGUAGGAGAGAUUGGCGAAGAAGAGCUAGGUGGAAAAAUCUAGAAACAGAACUGACGGCAACGGGUCUUCUUUGUUGGCAGAUCGAGAUCUCAGGAACGUGAAGGCCAUACAUGACUUUGUCAUAAAUAUUGAAAAUUAACAGUGUUUUUAAUUACAUUUUUUUUCGUGUCAGGAGCAACCGGAGUUGCUUCUGGAGUGAGAGAAUUGGCUGUCUGCAAGGACGUUGCCCAGGGGACAUUGCCCGGAUUUUUUUUUAUGUUUACCAUCCUUGUGGGAGGCUUCUCUCAUGUCCCCGCAUGGAGCUGGAGCUGACAGAGGGAGCUCAUCCGUGCUCUCCUCGGGUGGGAUUCGAACCUGGCAGCCUUCAGGUCAGCAACCCAACCUUCAAGUCACAAGGCUUUUAUCCCCUAGGCCACCGGCGGCUCCAGUAGUGUAAUAUAAGCAGAUGUGAGUUAUUUGCCCCUCCUGUGUGAAGACUUAGUAACUAUUUAUUUAUUUACUACAUUUAUAUCCCACUCUCUCACCCCGGAGGGGACUCAGAGUGGCUUACAAAUCAAAUGUACAUAUAAUAUAUUAUUAGCAUAGCACAAUAUAAGCAUUAAGUUACUAUAUUGUACUAUAUCAUUAUAUGGUAAUAUUAUUUAUUUACUACAUUUAUAUCCUGCUCUUCUCACCCCGAAGCUUGCAAAUCAAAUGUACAUACAAUAUAUUAUUGGCAUAGCACAAUAUAAGCAUUAAGUUACUAUAUUGUACUAUAUCAUUAUAUGGUAAUAUUAUUUAUUUACUACAUUUAUAUCCCGCUCUUCUCACCCCGAAGCUUGCAAAUCAAAUGUACAUACAAUAUAUUAUUGGCAUAGCACAAUAUAAGCAUUAAGUUACUAUAUUGUACUAUAUCAUUAUAUGGUAAUAUUAUUUAUUUACUACAUUUAUAUCCCGCUCUUCUCACCCCGAAGCUUCCAAAUCAAAUGUACAUACAAUAUAUUAUUAGCAUAGCACAAUAUAAGCAUUAAGUUACUAUAUUGUACAAUAUCAUUAUAUGGUAAUAUUAUUUAUUUACUACAUUUAUAUCCCACUCUUCUCACCCCGGAGGGGACUCAGAGUGGCUUACAAAUCAAAUGUACAUAUAAUAUAUUAUUAGCAUAGCACAAUAUAAGCAUUAAGUUACUAUAUUGUACUAUAUCAUUAUAUGGUAAUAUUAUUUAUUUACUACAUUUAUAUCCCGCUCUUCUCACCCCGAAGGAGACUCGGAGCGGCUUACAAAUCAAAUGUACAUACAAUAUAUUAUAAGCAUAGCACAAUAUAAGCAUUAAGUUACUAUAUUGUACGAUAUCAAUAUAUGGUAAUAUUAUUAGUACCGUAUAUACUCGAAGAUAAGCCAAGUUUUUCAGCCCUUAUUUCUUCCUUGGGGUAAAUGCAUGUCCCAAAGCUUCUAAAUAUUUAUAUAGAUGUUCACCCUACGGAUACGUUAAUAUAUGAAUUUUCAGCUCAUAUGUUUACAGGUCUUUGCAAAUCCUAUAUAAAUAUAGAUAACUAGAGAUUUCCAUGUGCCUGUAUAUCUGUUCCUAUAUGUAUACAUUAAUUUUAUAUAUGAAUUUUAUAUGAUUUUUACCCUCACAUGUUUGCAAGUGCAGAGGCAUGCGUGCGCACACACAGAGAUCUCUAGAUAGAUAUAAGCAUUGAUAAAUAGGGCUUGCAAAUAUUGCAUGAGGAAAAUGCACAUAGAGAGAGGAUUUGCAAAGGUUUCAGGGGGAAAUACACAUGGGAAAUUAGUAUAUAUAAUGAUAGAUCUAUAUCUAGCUCUGCAUUGUUUAUGUAGGCAUUAUACGUUUGCCUGUUACUAUGUUGGAAGCUGGCCUGAGUCCCCAGGGGGAGAUACAGUAGAGUCUUGCUUAUCCAACGUAAACGGGCCGGCAGAACGUUGGAUAAGCGAAUAUGUUGGAUAAUGAGAGAUUAAGGAAAAGCCUAUUAAACAUUAAAUUAGGUUAUGAUUUUACAAAUUAAGCACCAUAACAUCAUGUUAUACAACAAAUUUGACAGAAAAAGUAGUUCAGUACACAGUAAUGCUAUGUAGUAAUUACUGUAUUUACGAAUUUAGCACCAAAAUAUCAUGAUGUAUUGAAAACAUUGACUACAAAAAUGUGUUGCAUAAUCCAAAACGUUGGAUAAGCGAGUGUUGGAGAAGUGAGACUCUACUGUAGAUAGGGCAGGGUACAAAUGAAGCUGUUGAUGAUGAUGAUGAUGAUUAUAAAGUUAUUGUUGCUUUUCCGCUUACAGAGUUAGUUUACUGUUUUUCUUUGAAAUACAGUAAAUGUUCAAAACAUUUAACCCA